UUCAGGCAUGACUUCAUUUCCUCCUGGGCGUUGUUAUAGUGUCAGUGGUCUUUAAGGCGUGGUGAGUUUGCUGUAGAAGUUGUCGACACACUUUUCAUUUAGAGUUUUGUCAAGACUACCUCACGUUCAGAAUGUCUGUUUGGGAUGACCUGGAUCUUCUUCUUGACUCACCGUCGUCCUUGACAGCGAAGCCUACAACAAGUGGAACCAUCAAGGAGAAACCAGGAUUCAAAGCCAGUGAGGAUGCUGCUGCCUUGCAGAAGGCCAUAGAGGGCAUUGGAACUACUGAGAAAACCUUGAUUGAAAUCCUCACGCAGAGGAGCAAUGCUCAGCGUCAGCUCAUCUCCAAGGCCUACCAGGAGGCUACAGGAAGGGCGCUUGUUGAUGACCUGAAGGGGGACACCAGUGGAGAUUUCGAGGAUGCACUGGUGGCUCUGGUCACCCACCCUGCUCAGCUGGACUGCCAGGAGUUCAUCAAAGCCACAAAAGGAGCUGGGACGACUGACAGCGCUCUGAUAGAACUGUUCGCUGCCAAGUCCAACAGGCAAAUUAAAUCCAUGUCUGAGGCUUACCUAGCAGACACAGGAAGAGAACUGAGCCAUGACCUAAAGUCAGAGGUGUCCAGUGACUAUGGUAAAACUCUACUCAUCCUGGUGGAGGGGAAGCGGGAUGAAAGUACUAAUGUGGAUGCGGCCAAAGCCAAAGCGGAUGCCAAGGCCCUUUAUGAGGCGGGGGAGAAGAAGUGGGGGACGGACGAGAGCAAGUUCAUAGAUGUCUUGUGCCACAGAAGUGUUCCUCAACUGAGGCAGACUAUGGUGGAGUAUAAGAGCAUCAGUGGGAAGACCCUUCAGGAGAGCAUUGAGAGUGAGAUGUCAGGGAAACUCGAGGAGCUGCUGGUGGCCAUCGUGAAAUGUGUGAAAAGUGUACCAGCAUACCUGGCAGAGAGACUGUAUAAAAGCAUGAAGGGUCUGGGCACCACUGAGUCCACGCUGACCAGGAUCAUAGUGGGCCGCUCCGAAGUGGACCUGCUGGACAUCAGGGCUGAGUACACUAAGCUGUUUGGGUGCUCCCUGUACUCUGCUAUAGAGUCGGAUGUUGGGGGGAGUUACGGUGACUGUCUGAAGAUGAUCUGUGGCGCUGAUGACUAACGCAGCCUCCAAUGAGCUCGGUGGAUGAGAAACUCUAUCGCUCAGAGGAGGAUGUAGCCCCGCUUCCUGUCCAGUGCAAUCUGGCCUGACGCAAUGCCUUCACCACAGACACCGCUAUUGUCAAUCUGAUCUGGACACCAAGUGAUUGAUGCCAAUAAAAUGUGACUUUUUUUUUUUUUGUAAUUUUCUCACUUGCUACAGAAACCAAAGCUUCUAAAAUACAUAAAACAUUUCUGCUUUUAUUGUGCAAUCACUGCUUUCUUAAUCCGUACUAUCUGGCCAUCUGUGCCUUGCCAUAAGAUUUCUGUUCGCUGGACUUUUGCCUACUUGAUCAAUAACAUUAAUCUCAAUCUCAAUCUAAUCUCAGUUUGGCUACUUGUCCCCCUUUGCCCGUGGAACUCAUACUCUUUUCUGGGCUAUGCUGCUAAUUUGAUUGGCUCUUCUUCCAAGCUUUCAUCAGAAGAUGGUGCGGAAAUCAGCUUUCCUGUUUUGCAACCAAUCAAAGACUUCGAAUCCUCUGAUCUUUGGUCAAGAGAGGGCGUGUACUAACCGUCUGUGCGGCUGAAUGAAGACAUAGAAGCAUUUGUGUGUGUACAUGUUUUGGGUGGAGAUGGAAGUUUCUACUCUUCCUGUUUUGGAAUUCAGCUCUUCAUGGUUUCGCCAACUUGUAGACCCUGUUCAAACCUGGUACUUCACUACAUUUUGUAGCAGUUACAAAACUCAAGUGUUGGAUAAUUUGCACAUCAUCUCCACCGUCUUUAUAUGUAUACUUGUGAUGUUAGCGGGGCUGAAGCAGCGGUCCUAAAGCAGGACUUUUAAUGCUCUCAGCUCCCAUCUGUCUUAAUGCAACCUCACGUCCUAUAAGCACUUCAUAUUCUUGGAGCUUUAAUCCCAGCUGGGACGAUUUAAGACAACACUAGUCCACGCAUGUUCAUUUUUUCUCCUCAUCUGUAAUCUUACCAUUCUGCAGCACAGGUUUCAAAAGCGAUGCUUAGCGCAGUAUUCCACCUCAUCUUCACAAUUAAGAGACUUUUUCUAAGUAUGUACUGAGGGAAGGAAGCAGAAAUUGCUAUCGUAACGUAUUGGCCAGGGGAAGAUUUGAAAGAAACAACCCACUAUUGUGUGUGAUGUCACCUAGCAUUGUUUAAAUGAAAUCUCCAUUCUGCCCUGUGUUGACCCUUCAGUCUGAGACAUCUGGAAGUUAUCGCCAGACCCUGCUGCAUAUCUGUGGGGAGGAGGACUAACUGUGAGCCUGACCUCACUGCUGCCAGAGCCAUCAUAUUUGCUCCAUGUUUAAUGCAAGGUGUAGUUCACUGAGAGCUGCCAGCGCAGUGCUACAUGGUGCACACCUCAGUUCCACCUACUCACCGUUCUGCUUUUUCUCCCCGUCUUCAUGAAGUAAUCUGUCUGGAUCGAAUAAAAUGGUUACUGUGAAACCCUUACAAUAACUGCACAUACUGUUAGUUGAUAUGAACUAGAAUGUUAUUUCUCAACUAACUUUAUAACGUUUCAGAUGUGUGCCUUGGCCUGUUUCCGAAUGGCUGAAAGAGGUUUCUCAAUGAAAUAGCCUAUAAAAAGGCAGACUUUAAUUUGUCAUAAAAUUGUUAAUUUCAAAGUGCAUUACAGAAUUGCAAUAAAGCCAGUUUGCAAGAAACUGUAUAAAGUU